GGCAUUUGUGGACAGGAAGGACGUUGACGUGUUUUCCGGACGCUCAGACCGGGGAAAGUUGUUUCCUGAAGUUGUCACUAUGCUGACAACGUCCACGCCAAACCUCUUUUGCGUGUAGAAAAUGAUCAGACGAGCGUUUUAAAACUCCUCCUCACUACACUUUGCUUUUCUUCUUCUUCUUAAGUCCCUAACGAGAGGAUGAGCUCUAAAAGUGAAGACACGGAGGUGAGCCUGCAGGCCCAGCUUGCGGAGUGUCAGGCUCAAGUGGAGCACUGGCAGGGUGUGGCAACAAUCUGCGAGCUGAGCAAACAGGAGGAACUGGCAGAGCUGCAGAAACAAUGCGAUCAAGAGAUCCAGUCUCUGCAGGAGGCCCUAAGAGAAACAGCAGCACAGUAUGAAGCCAGGAUUGCUGUCUUGCAGUCACAGCCUUCAGACUGGAGGAGAGGACACAAAACGACCAACAACACAAGAGGACACACAGACCUGGAUCCCUCAGCUAGUGACUCCCCAAAAUCUGGCAUUUAUGGCAUCGUGGAAGAAGCAGCUCCCUCAAGGGACAAGGACCAACGUCAGCCUUCAGAGCUAGAGGGCGUGGUGGAAAGAGAAGGGGGUCCCCUCACAACGGAGGGGUAUUUCUCCAACUGUGACUCAGCUUCGUUGUCUUCCUUCUCCAUGGACACACCCUCUUUGCCUAGAAAACUCCUCACUCAGGACGACACGGAUUCUCUGGUGUCCACAGGAACACUGGUGCCCGAAGCCAUUUACCUGCCGCCAGCUGGACAUCGACUUGUCACGCACAGUGACUGGGAUGUUCUUAAUGCACAACUGUCAGAGCUGCGUGGGGAGGUGAGUCGGCUGCAGUCAGAGAAAGAGGAGCUGGAAAGAGAACUGGAGACCCAAACCAACCAAACUCAUAAACAGGUGUCAUUGCUGCAGUCUCAGGUGCUGGCGUCAGAAGGCCUCCUCCAGGAUCUGCAGAAGUCUUUCAGCCAAUCACAGAAUGCGGUGCAGAGCCGACUGGCGGAGUUGUCUCUUUCUCAGCGGAAAAUGUGCAGUGAUCUGUCCAGACUGAAAGGAGAAGAAGUCGAGGAGAGUAUUUCAGACACCAGUUUGUCGCUGUCAGCAACUCUGCAUGGGGCGCACUGUGAGGAGCGCCUUCGCAUUGAAAUAGUCAACCUGAGGGAGCAGCUGGACACUCGUUCAGAGGAGAAUGAGGUUUUAGAGGUGCAGCUGUCCACACUGAGGACAGAGGCAGAGAAGAUCCAGGCUCGGAAGGACCAGCUGCAGGCUGAGCUGCUGGCCUGCCGCACUGAACUGGAAGGCCUGCGGGUGGCGCUCACACACGUACAGGGCACCAACAAAGCCUUGGGCACUGAAAAAGCAGCUUUGCACCAACAGUGUCUGGAGCUGCGCAGCCAAGUGAUCAGCCUGCGCUCGCAGCUGGACACCAGCCAGGCUGUUCAGAGAGACUUUGUAGAACUCUCCCAGUCGCUGCAGGUCAAAGUGGAGUUGAUACGGCAAGCGGAGAGUCUGGAACAAGUCAAAGAAAUCUUGGAAGAGGGAGUCAGAGAAGCUGAGUCUGCUGAUGCCUCUUGAGUUGUUGAAUAUGAUAUUUAAAUCAUACCGGAUGGACCAAAACAAAAACCCCAGAAGAGAGGGUUGUUUUUUUUAAAACCACUGAAACAGAGACUUCGGUAGAGGAACCACUGGAAUUUUCAGCAAUGGUGCUGCUCCUGAGAAUUUUUGUUUUCAAAAAACCUGAACAGUAAAAACCUGGAUCCUGUUCACAAAGGACUGAUUCACAAACCUUUCAUGUGCCCCAACUGAUCUGAUCACCAGAGUUUCUUACACUAUUUUGUCAUUUUUAACAGAAUUCUCCCUGUACUUUACUGACAAGACUUUAAGUGUCAACACUAUUGCAAAAGACCUGUCAAUUAUAGGCAACUGCAAAUCACUCAAAAACAUCCAAAACACUCCACUUUUCUAUAAAAUACCUGCUUUUAUAUGAAAGUAUCAUGUUUUUGUAUGAAGCUAUGCCUUAACAGCCAUCAGAAUUUAAUAUAUAAAAAGAGACUAAGUGGAUUAUUAAUAAAAAAACACAAGUGAUGCACUUUUGGGAUAUUA